AUGGCGUUCCGGCAGGCGCUGAAGCUGGCGGUCUGCGGGCUGGCCGGGGGCUCGGCUGCCGUGCUCUUCUCGGCCGUGGCCGUGGGGAAGCCGCGCGGGAUGGGCGCCGGGGACACGGAGCCACGCUGGGCCGGCCCGGAAGCCCCGGCGUGGGCGGAGCGGCUGCGCCCUGGACCGUGCAGUGGCGUGUGGGACAGCAACUGGGAUAAAAGAGAACCAAGGUCACUUAUCAACCUGCGGAAAAGAAGUGUAGAAACUGGAGAAGAAGAGAUUGCAACCAAACUGGAUAACUUCAAAGCCAGAGCCACUCGGCAUAUCUUCCUGAUCAGGCAUUCCCAGUACAAUUCAGAUGGCUGCCUUGAUAAGGAUCGAACUCUGACUGAAUUGGGUCGUGAACAGGCUGAACUCACUGGUUGUCGAUUAGCGAGCUUGGGCAUUAAGUUUGAUAAGAUCGUGCAUUCUUCCAUGACCCGGGCAAUAGAAACAACUGACAUAAUCUCCAAAUACCUGCCAGGAGUCAACAGAAUCAGCACUGACCUGCUACGGGAAGGCGCUCCCAUCGAACCCGACCCUCCUGUAUCUGAGUGGAAGCCAGAGGCCCGGCAGUAUUAUGAGGAUGGAGCCCGCAUUGAGGCUGCAUUUCGGAAUUUCAUCCAUCGGGCCGAUGCCAAGCAGGAGGAAGAUAGCUAUGAAAUCUUCGUAUGUCAUGCAAAUGUCAUCCGCUACAUUGUCUGCAGAGCACUGCAGUUCCCUCCUGAAGGCUGGCUGCGGAUGUCCCUUAAUAAUGGCAGUAUAACCCAUCUGGUGAUCCGUCCAAGUGGAAGGGUGGCACUAAGGACCCUGGGGGACAGUGGGUUCAUGCCCCCAGAAAAAAUCACCCGCACUUGAAUGCCCACCUCCACAGUCCUCAGCUGCGUGUCCAUUCAUCUGGGUCCGUCUUUGUAAUGUUUGGCUAGAAUGCUGUGUUUUUUAUAAGUAUUUGGAUCUUCCGUCUUGUUUUUCCUUUGCUGGCUACACUUCUGUCCUAAAGAGGCGUUUGAUAGAAAAACUGUGCUUAAAGGCCAUAUUUCUGUCCAACACCUUCCUAGCCAGGGAGGAUGAAGACGUCAUCGAGACAGAUGAGUGUCACAGGGUUCAGAAGUUUCUGGAUAUAGAGAAGUUACCUCUCUUUGACCAAAGCUUUUGUGUGAUGAAAGGGAAUAAAGUGGUAGGGUAGAAGUUAAAAGUUGUAUAUUUUCUAUCCAUUUGGAUGUGGCAUGACAUUAUGAAUGUGCAAGUCACAAGAGUAAAUUUUCAUUAUGAGAAGAUAGCGCCUAUAGCUAAAUUUCCUGCCAUUUGAGUCAGUCUGUCCCUUUGAAACAGAGGAUUUCAUAAAGCCAACAAUGAUGGCAGUUGUUACAGUGGGACAGUCUGAUAUGAUCAAUCAUGCAGUUAAAGAACAGUUUACGCUAGUUCAAGUGAUUCUUAGGUCCCUAGAUUAUUAAAACGUAUUUUUCAUUCUCCAAAAGACAGGUAUCUAAUUAAAGCUUCCUGACCAUUUUUCUAGGCCCUUACCACCUGGUUUUGAAAACCGACUUCUUAGCCCAAAGUUGUGAAAACUUGUGAAAGCGGCUGGGAUAACAAGACAUUCCCAUUUUUGUGGCUGUUCAGAAAAGAUCUGAGCCAUCCUAAGAUGGAUAUCUGUUUGGAGAUAAGUGAGCAGAGACUUCUGAACAGCUGAGGAAAAGCCACCAGUGUGUACCCAAGCUAAACAGUGAAGAGUGUUAACUUGGGGGGUGCUACCAGGUGGAGAGUUUUUAACAAAGGUUCUAAUACUAGAAAGGAUAAUCUAGUCGAAGGUCUGUCAAUGGCCCAAACUGAAACCUUUGCUUAAAAUUCUAAUCGAGGGUGCCUCUGAUUGUUGCUAGUGUCUUAUGCAUACCAAUUAAGGAUUUAGCCACCAAUAACCCUUAAGUGCUUUGGGGUAUUUAGACAAAAAGUGUCUGUUCCAAAUAUUCUCUGGCCACGGAUGUCUUAAUUCAGGUAAAACAAGGUGGUAAGAAAAUUACUGUGAAAAAGUGGUUUUAAGAUUUUACUGCAAUCAAUCAAUGCAAAUAAUUGGGAUAACUUAUCAAUUUGUCUAUCAACUUUUUUAAUGUUUACACAAUAAAUUGUUUUAUUUUA